AAACCUUGUCAGAUAUAAAGGGUGGUCUGCCAGUGUAGCUUCAGUGACACGCGCUCACUUAGUUAGAUCUAGUUGGAUCUCUUCCGAACAUAUUGAAACAACUACCACGCUAACAUUAAUGUUUUAACAACACCUUACGGUUUUAUGACUUGAUAUCGGUUUCACAGCAUCGUAAGCCGAUCUUACUGAUAACUCUGCGAUGGGAAGACUGUUUGGAAUUCUGAUUUUGACUUCAUUGCUUGUAUCACUUAAUGGACAGGUGUUGUUUGACGAUAUUGGAGACAGACAGAGGUCAGCAGACUUGGCCUUACAAUGCAUGAGAACGGGGCUUCAGCAAUUUAGUCAAGGUAUUGAAAAGAUGGUAACGAAAAAAAUCAGUGAUCUUAUUACAACAACUCAGACCGAGCAGCGACACCUAAAGCAGGAAAUGGAGUCUUUAAAUUCUAAAGCUGAUUUUCUGGUGAACAAAACUAUAACAAACUGUGCUGACAUUUUGAACAUUUAUCCACAUACCAGAGGGAGGGAUGGUGUGUAUAAUAUUAUUGAUUCAAAGGCUGUGUAUUGUGAUAUGACCACUGAGAACGGAGGAUGGACGGUGAUUCAGCGGAGAGUGAAUGGAUCGGUGGACUUUUACCGUAACUGGACGGAAUACAAGAACGGGUUUGGAUAUGCUGAUCACGAGUAUUGGAUAGGAAACGACAUGCUACAUAGACUGACAUUACUGAAGCCCCAGGAACUCCGAGUUGACAUGGAGAGAUUUAAUGGAGAGAAAGCCUAUGCUGUAUACUCUAGUUUUUCUGUCGGGGACGAGGCCAGUAAAUAUCAGCUACAGGUGACUGGAUACAGUGGGAAUGCAGGGGAUAGCCUGGAUUACAGCAACAACAUGAACUUUACUACACUGGACCAGGAUAACGACAGGAGCAGCGGCGUUAACUGUGCCACCAAGUACAGAUCGGGAUGGUGGUUCAAUGAGUGUUACCGUGCCAACCCUAAUGGAGAGUACACCGACUCUGAGAAAACUGGUUAUACAUACAUUACAUGGAAACACUGGAAAAACUCCUAUAUAUCUCUGAAAUCAAUACAGCUGAUGAUCCGUCCUCGAGCCUGACACCGAAAUGUAACUUUAUCCUCAUUAUGUUGCCAAAUGUAGCAGUUUUCUCUCUCUGUGUAUUUACUUUAUUUACCUGCAUGUUUUUGUUUGUCAAUUGACUGUCAGAUACUUUUGCACCAUAUGUAAAUAUUUAAAAUACUGUUUAUUAUUUAAAAAUAUAUAUAUUUUAAAUUAAUUGUAUUUUGCUUUGAUUUAUAAUUAUCAUGAUGUAAAAGAAAUGUUUGAAUCAUUUCGUUUAGUUUGUAUAUAUUAUUGAACAUUACGAUGACACUUCUAAUAUUGAAUGUUACCGGAUUUUUUUUUUUGCAAAAUUACGAACAAAUUUAGCACUAAUCAGAGUAUUUAUAUUCAUUUGAAAUUAGAGAUCACUUUUGUACAAACAAUUACAAAUAAAAUAGACAGUUUUCCAUAUUAAGGUUGAAUCUGAUAAUACAUAUUCGACAAUCCCCUUCAUAUUUUUUUUAAUUUAGGUUCAAUGUCUUUAACCGUAAUUUGCUUCUUCGUGUAUUCUGGCAUAAAUCUUUGUCCAGUAAUAAACUGUUUGUUAAUAUUA